AUGCCGGUUCCUCCGCAAGUCAAAAAAAUGCUCGAUGAUGUCGAUAAGCAGCUCCACACGGAGAGUCCCAUCAACAACGUCCUUGCGACUGUCGAACAAAAAUCUGGUGUAAAAAGACUUCACAUAGUCCUUGGUGUUGCUGCAUUGCAAGGUUUAUAUCUGAUCUUCGGACAUUUUGCUGAACUUGUUUGCAACUUUAUGGGCCUCAUUUAUCCUGCAUACGUGAGCAUAAAAGCAAUCGAAACUGCGACCAAAGAGGAUGACACUCAGUGGCUUACGUAU